AUGGUGCUCUCUGAGAACAAGCCUUUCUCCAAGGUACUCAUCGUUGGAGCUGGCUUUUCUGGUCUGGCUACAGCCUGUCAACUUCGAAGAGAGCACAAUUGUGACGACUAUGUCAUCUAUGACCGUUCACCUGCCCCAGGAGGGACUUGGUGGGCAAAUAAAUAUCCAGGAUGUGCUGUGGAUAUCCCAGCGGUCUUCUACAGUCUAUCAUUUGCCCCAAAUCCUGAUUUCUCAAAAAUUUACCCUCCACAAGCGGAGAUCUUGGAAUACUUCAACAAGGUUGCGGAUAAGUUUGACGUCUCUCGACACAUUGUUCGAAACACAGAAUGGGAAGGGGCCUAUUGGCAAGACUCGACAAACAGCUGGUUGGUCAAGUUGAAGGACUUAUCCACAGGUCAAACAUUCUAUCACGAGUGUAAAAUCUUGAUCUCUGCUGUUGGAGCCUUGGUAAAUCCAAAUCAAUUUGGUAUACCGGGUGUCGAAACCUUUGAAGGGGAUAUUGUUCAUACUGCUGCUUGGAAAGCGGACUUGUCUCUUCAUCAGAAAGAUGUGAUUGUGGUUGGCAAUGGAUGUUCGGCUGCUCAGCUUAUUCCCGCUAUUGCUAAAGAAGUUGGAAGCAUCACCCAAUUUAUUCGGACACCCCAAUUCUAUUUGGAAAAUGAAAAUAUGCAAAUCCACGACAAGUGGAAAUUCAUUUUUCGCUAUGUGCCUGGUGUUCUACGUUUAUUGAGACUGAUUGUGUUUCUGGUUUUGGAGAGCACUGCCGUCAGAUUCAAUAUUACUUACAAGGGAAACAAAGCCAGAAAUAUAUCAGCAGAGGGAAGCAGAGCUUACAUUCAAAGCACUGCACCCGAGCAAUAUUGGCCCCUUUUGUCACCAAAAUAUGAGGUCGGAUGCAAGCGCCGGAUCUUCGACAACAGCAGGUAUACCAGCUGCCUUCAACAAAGCAAUAUUCAUCUUACAGAUGAUCCCAUUGUCAAAGUUUCCUCUCAUUCGAUUUUCACCAAGUCUGGCCAGGAAUAUCGUGCAGAUGCAAUUCUGCUUGCCACCGGAUUCGCCCUGACGCAAUACGAGGUAGAGCUGGUAGGGCGAAAUGGCCGGACCCGUGACGAGCACUGGGGUAACUUCGGCUACAAGGAAGCAUACAAAUCCACCGCGAUGUCCGGAUUUCCUAAUUUCUUCUAUGUCCUGGGUCCCAACUCCGGUAAAGGCCACACAUCUGCGAUUUACUGCAUUGAGAACUACGUCAACCUUGUUAUGAAGGUGAUUGCACCGGUUCUUCGAGACCGCGCUUCAUUUGUCGAGGUCAAGUCCGACAGUGAGAAAGAGUACAACGAGAACUUGCAUGAGAAAAUCGCCACGACGAUCUUCAAUAGCUCAUGUGGCAGUUAUUUCAUCGACUACAAGUCUCAGAAGAAUUGGUUCAUCUACCCAUGGAACUCAUUUGUCAUGUGGUACUCCACCCAUUGGGGUCGAUCGGAUGACUGGACAUAUGAUGUGAGUUUGGUUAACGAAGCCAUUGAUUGA